GCCCGCCCGCCGCCGCUGCCACCCGGCCGGCUGGAAGAUGGCGGGGUCGGUGGCCGACGCGGAUGCUGUCGUGAAACUAGAUGAUGGGCAUUUAAACAACUCCUUGGGUUCUCCGGUUCAAGCCGACGUGUACUUCCCACGACUGAUAGUUCCUUUUUGUGGGCAUAUUAAAGGCGGCAUGAGACCAGGCAAGAAGGUGUUAGUGAUGGGCAUCGUUGACCUCAACCCCGAGAGCUUUGCUAUCAGCUUAACCUGUGGUGACUCCGAAGAUCCUCCCGCUGAUGUAGCCAUUGAACUCAAAGCCGUGUUCACAGACAGACAACUUCUUAGAAAUUCUUGUAUAUCUGGGGAGAGGGGUGAAGAACAAUCAGCAAUCCCCUACUUUCCAUUCAUCCCAGACCAGCCGUUCAGGGUGGAAAUCCUUUGUGAACACCCACGCUUCAGAGUAUUUGUGGAUGGACAUCAACUUUUUGAUUUUUACCACCGCAUUCAGACAUUGUCUGCAAUCAACACCAUAAAAAUCAAUGGGGACCUCCAGAUCACUAAGCUUGGCUGAUGUUUAUACCACCUCUCUUUCAAAUAGAAUAAGGUGCCACAACUGUCUAUCAGUCUGGGAGGAGAUCCAAGCAAGAUCUGGAGACUUAGAAAACACAAAAGAGGGGCAAACUUCACUCAUUUAUUUCUGUGUAGUUUAAAUCCAAAGGGACAAACUUCAACCAUGGUUUGUCCUUAGGAAGAAAGCAGCUGGCAGGCACAAAGACACCGAGCCAAUAUUCCCAGGACAAAUAUAUGUAUGCUGGAUUUGAUUCAGACUAACCUGAAAUGGAUUUGUGAUGAUUUGUGAUUUGACAACAACUCGCUCAUCUUUUCAAAGCAAGAUGACCUUUAGAAACUAAAGUAUUAAAGACUUAAAUCAACUAAAA